UGGCACUACGUGACGUGGCACGACGUUACGUCGUGUACAGUGACGUGUAUUCCAACUGAGCAUGUAACCAGGAAGAGGCUGCUCAAAUUUCAAGAUGUUAGCUGGAGAAACCAAUGAUGAAGACGUGUCUCUGUUUGAUGCAGAGGAAGAUGCAGGGAAAAGGUCAAAGAGGACAAAUAUUAAGCAUCCAGUGGCGUCCUUCUUCCACCUCUUCUUCAGAGUGGCAGCCAUCUUUGUCUACCUGCUCUGUGAGUUUGUCAGUCCAGGUUUCAUCGGCUGCAUGGUCACAAUAAUCCUCCUGCUGUCAUGUGACUUCUGGGCUGUUAAGAACAUCACAGGGCGACUGAUGGUUGGUUUAAGGUGGUGGAACCAAGUAGACGAUGAUGGUCGUAGCCACUGGGUGUUUGAGUCCAGGAAGGGAACUGGGAAGCAACAUGCAUCAGAUUCAGAGUCCAGGAUCUUCUGGCUGGGGCUGAUUAUUUGUCCAGUCAUCUGGGUUAUCUUUGCGUUUAGCACCCUCUUUUCCUUUGAGAUUAAAUGGGUGCCUGUAGUGAUCAUGGGUGUGGUGCUACAAGGGGCCAACCUCUACGGCUAUGUGAAGUGUAAAGUGGGGGGAAAGACCAGCUUAAAGAACAUGGCCACCAAUUAUUUUGGACGCCAGUUCCUCAAACAGGCCAUGUCUAAAGAAGAGGAAUCGUAGAGAGCAGCUCUGCGAUUUUCACGUUUGCAUUAUUCUUAAUGCUGUUUUAUAUUUUCUUUACCAAGUGGAUAAUUAGAAAAAUUCCUUUGCAACAUGAGCUAAAAGUAACAGUGUUUUUUUUCUUCUUAUUUUUCUUUAAUAUGUGUGACUCAGUAGAGAGUUUUUUUUUGUUUUCCACGAGGAGCUUUGAGGUCUAGUAGCCGUUUUCAAGAACUUCAAAUCCAGCCUUUUUAUGUGACACUGAAAUGUAAAUGCAUGAUGAAAAGAUGAUGUAACGUUAAAGCAUACAGUGGUUUGAUGGCUCAUUUAAUCUCACAGCUCCCUCAGUAAUGUUCUUAGGUUGGUAUAUUAUUUAAUUUAGUUUAUGUUUCGGUUGCCUUUUAACUCUGAUCUCCAUUAACUGAAACACUGUAGUCUGGAGGAGGGAAUGGACAAACGUUCAUGUUUGUAUGAUAGACAAGCUUGUAAAGAAAGAGUGUAAAGUAUUCCAUGUAAAUAUGUAUGUAAAGAAACUGUGGAAUGUCUUUAUUUGUGCUAAUACAUUUGUAACAUUUUU